AUGUCGGAAGGAGAAACCCCGCUGGGUCAGGCCCUCCAACGUCUUGCCCACAUGCAGGAGACCACCACAGCCUUGCAGCGACAGCAGAGCGAGGCUCUGCUCGGGAUCGCCUCGAGCCAGCGCGAGGACCGGGCCCUCCUACGGGAGCUGCUGCAGCGUCCGGCUGCCCGGGAGGCCGAUCCCGCGACCAACCCGGCCCGACCGCCUUCGAUUGCCCUCCAGAAAUUGACGGCAGACGACGAUCCGGAGGCAUACCUGGACAUCUUUGAGGGCACAGCGGCGGCGUGCGGGUGGCCGGAGGAGGAGUGGGCAGCGCGGCUAUUGCCCCUGCUAUCUGGGGGUGCGCAGUUAGCCGCCCACAGCCUGCCCGCAGCCUCUCGGCAUGUGUACCGAUAUCUGAGGAAGGCCAUCCUGGACCGGCUUGGCAGCACGCCAGAGGGACAUCGCCGCCGGUUCCGGGCACUCCCCUUCGAGGACGCUGACCGGCCCUUCUCAUACGCGCAACAGCUUCUGGAUGCAGCGAGCCGCUGGCUCCAGCCGGGGGUGCGCUCGGCGGAGGAAGUCGUCGGGCAGGUGGCGCUGGAGCAGUUAAUCGCCGGCCUGCCAUCUUCAACGGCGAAUUGGGUCCAGUGCCAUCGCCCCGCCAACCUGGAAGCAGCCGUCGUCCUCGCGGAGGACCACCUCUCGCUUCCCCGGCGGAGCGUGAAAGAGGAGCCCCGACCACCGGCUGUCUCAGCGGGCAGACCCAUCCCAGCCCCGAGGAGGAGAUUUCCUGGAGCAGCUGCCCUUCCUCCACCACCACCACACGGGCCCAACCCCGCAGCCCCGACACUUCACCCCCAAGCCCUACCUUACCCUCCUGUUUUUAUCUCUCCCCAGGGUCCGGCCUACGCUUCUGGUCGUCCGGCACCACGGGGGGCUCCUCAGACGCCAGGGCUGGAUUGCUGGCGGUGCGGGCAGCCCGGCCACUUCCGACGGGAGUGUCCUCUCAUGGAGGUCGGACAGCUGGUCCGGGUUGCGGGACCGCCAGUUGCCUCCCCCGAUUUGGAAGGGACGUACCGUAUACCGACCGACGCCUCGAACAGUGGGGUGGGGGCCGUUUUGUCCCAGCAGGUGGAGGGGGUCGACCGCCCCGUACUGUACAUUAGCCGUAAGCUCGCCCAAAGGGAGGUGAACUACAGUACGGUGGAAAAGGAGUGCCUCGCCAUACGGUGGGCGGUCGGCGCCCUGCGGUACUACCUCCUGGGGCGCCCUUUCACCCUCUGGUCGGACCAUGCCCCGCUCCAGUGGCUCCACCGCAUGAAGGAUGCCAACGCCCGGAUCACUCGGUGGUAUCUGGCGCUACAGCCUUUCAACUUCAAGGUGAUCCACAGGCCGGGUAACCAGAUGGUCGUGGCUGAUUUCCUCUCUCGCUCGGCGGAGGGGGGGGGGGAGUCAGCUUGCGGCCGGCGGGAUCCCGGCCUGAGUCGGGCGGUGGGGGUAUGUGGCAGCGGGGUGUGGUUAGGGCGCCGGCUGCUGGUGUGAAGGGAGUGGCUCGGCCGGAGGCCAGACAGCUGAUCGGAAUCAGGUAAUCAAUCACUGAAUAAAAGCAUGUGGUAACCUGGUUCUGGUCGGUCUUGCAGUAGGCAGGAUCCUGGGAGGUCGCCGAAGGACCUGUGGAGGAGCCCACACGGGCAACGUUUUGCAACCCGUGUUGUACACUUUGUGUUGGUGCUAAUAAACGCCUGUGUUAAACCCAAACCCUGCUCUUUCCGUCACUCUUUGAACCCUG